UGAAAGUAAAGAGUUAUCAACCUAUCUUCUGCGAAAUUAGAGAGGUUUGUUCAAAACUUCAAACAUUUUGAUUUUGUAUUUUGUUCAACUUUAAAAAUGUAAACAAAACUAUCUAGUAAAAACAUGCUCUUUUGCGCUGAAAUAACAGAUUUUAGAAUAGUUCACAAUGUGCUAAGGUCCAUUGCGAUGAAAGAUUUUGCUAUACUUCGCCCAAUGGAAGAAGGAUUAAAAGUGACUUUAGAUGAUAUGAAAUGUGUAGAAACUUCUGCUUAUAUUCCCUGCGGUAUGUUCUCAUUUUACCACAUAGGCAAUAAGGAAGACAUCAUUUUUAAAAUAAGUUUGAAAACACUAGUUGAAAUACUAAACAUAUUUGGUGACGAUGGAAACCCUAAUUUAAAAUUAACUUAUAAGUCUAUAGGAUCACCCUUAUGCUUAGUUAUGAAACAUAAUCAGGAGAAUAUAACUGUUGAUUGUGAAAUUAGAACAAUGAAUCUUGAUGAUUGUAACGAUAUAAGUUUAGCGGAUGAGUGCGAUUUAAAUAAGAUGGUUAUAAAUGCCAGUAUAUUAGCCGAUUUAUUGCAAAGGCUUGAUAAUUUGGCAGACGAAAUAACAUUAACUAUGAGCCCAGAUCCGCCUUACUUUACAUUGAAAACCACCGGCAUUGCUGGCGAGUCCGAAGUAAACAUUUCGAAAAGCUCAGAGUCUGUUACAGUAUUCAAAUGUGAAGAAACUGUGACUGCUCAGUACAAUUUCGGAAAUAUUAGGCAAAUUUUAAAGGUGAUGACAUACGCUAAUAAAGUUGCUAUUUCAACAGGACCGUCGGGGCUUUUAGGCUUACAAUUAGUGAUUAAUUCCGAUGAUAAACAUAUGUAUGUGGAGUAUUACGUGACUUCACUUUUUAUACCUGAUUAACAAGUUUAUAAUGUGAAUAAAAGAUGUCGUAUAUUUUUGUGCCAGGAAAACAAAAGAUAUUUUUAUAAGAAUUGUAUUAACGAUUUUAAGAAUAUCACAAUAUAUUUACAAAAAUAGAGAA